GGUUACUUUUUUUGAAAGCUUUGACUAUCGAUGGAAAAGAUAUUCUAUUCUUUGAAGAGCAAAUUGGUACGUUUAUUCAUAUGUUUAUUUUACAAUUCAAAAAAGUUGUCCUUCAAUAAUCCUAAACCUUAAACAUUGAGAGCGCAAGGACAAGGUAUAGUGGGUAACUUCCUAUUUAGAGUCUCAAACUCGAGUAACUUGUGCGCAAGCCAUUUUAGAUUUGUCUUUUGGCGUUUGAAUUUAGGCUAAUUUGAUAGCUCAGCACUUUUUUGCAUAAUCAUAUAGAGGGCAAAAUUACUCAAAUAUGAUUGCCUAAUAUGAUGAGAGCAUUUUUUCUUAAAAUUCAGGGCAAAAUUACUGUACCUAUAAAUUAGCUGAGACGCAAGCGCGGGAAGUUUCUUGUUUUAAAUAGCAAUAAAAACAAUGACUUCUCGCUUUUUUGUUGCGGAUAAUGAUGUUAUUGAAGAAUUAAAAACUUCUGAUGAAACACUGGAAAAAGUACAAAUUUAUGGGUAGCAUUAAGUAUGUUUAAGAUAUGAGCAGCAUUAAGGAACAUCGGCGAAGACAUACAUACAUACAAAACCACGACGGCCGAUGGAAGGCUGGUUUCCAUGAGGGGCAUGAAAUUACCUAUUUACAAGAAACUAACUAUUUACAAGAAAUGCAAAAUAUAACAAAAAAAAUACAAGUGAUUUUAGCUGCACGAUUACACACAAGCAAAUUUCAACUCAUUCUUUGUUUCAAUAUCGAUUUGUUUCAAUAGCAAUUUUUGCCUCAUGGGGAAGAUUAUUCCGAUGCAAAGCACCAUUAUAACUGAAGCACCUCUUGCCGAAUUCUUUUUUCGGCAUAGGUGGUGCUAAAUCAGUAUCCCUAUUUUUAAGAUUGUAUGUAUUGUAUUAUGUCUUUCAUUAUUAAAUCGAAAUGCUUCUUUAAGACUGGGUGCGGUGUGGCCAUUCAGAACUUUAUAGAUGAAAAUAGAUUUAAGAUAAUUUCGUCUUUCUUCGAGAGGUUUCCAAUUUAGAUUAUCGAGUAACUCAGAUGACCGAAUAUCGUAAGUUGCCCCAGUAAUUACUCUUGCAGCACGAUUUUGGUAUUUUUGCAACCUAUCUUUGAGCCCAAUUCCACUAUUAUCCCAUAACGGGCUGCAAUAAUCGAACUGAUGAGGUAGCAUUUUGGUUGUCGACAGUGGUACAAAAGGUUUAACGCGUCUCAUUGCACCAACACCGGCAGGUCCGGCACCAACCUUAGAACAGAUAAAAUCAAUAUGUUUAUCCCAAGACAACCUUUCGUCCAUCGUCACGCCAAGGCAUGAAUAUUUAUUAAUCCUGGGUACUAGCUUAUUAUUAAUUAAAAUAGGAUUACCAGAUACUUUAUUCUUAAGGUUAUAGUAUAGGGAGACAUACGAUGUUCAAUUUACUAACGAAUAAAUUUUGCCCUCUAUGAACAAGCUGAUCGCAUAACUCCUCGUAAAAUAAGGUUUAAUUAUUAACGGUUUGAAAACACACGUGAAAUUAAACCUUAUAAUUUUACAUUUUACUCGGCUCCACGCGAUUACCUAUACAAAGUCGAAGAAACUUGUCAAAACAACAUUAUAACUUGAUCAAAAUUGUAUUUUUGUUGUUUUCUAUUUUCCGCCAAUUUGCUUUCCGUAUCACGUCGAUGCGGAUCUGAAACGCCGUUGUCGGUAUUAUACCUAAUAGACCUUAUGCAUAAUAACGUCACAAGGCUUGAUGCCCGCGAGGAAUGCUGGUCUUAGUAGUCAUCGCCCGGGAAAAUUAAACAAUUCAAAAUGACCACUAUUGAAAAUUUCCCGGGCGAUGACUACUAAGACCAGCAUUCCUCGCAGGCAUCAUGCCUUGUGACGUCAUUAUGCAUAAGGUCUAUUCAAAAUCAAGAGUUUCCCGAACACUUGUUUUCAUCUUUGCGCGUGUACUUAACUAUCCUUUGAGAUUACCCUCUUGCCCUUACCGACUUUGCACCGGGUUUUGUCGCUUGAGCACGAGCGCUUAAUAAUAUAGCCACACAUACAUACAUUAGUCACAUGCGAAUUAAAUAUAGUUUAUUCACUCAUUUGUAUGAAACUUCGACCUAAUCCAAUGAUAACACCUGUCAGAAAUCAACAAUUACAUUAAAUCAACGUGUCGUUUGUUUCGGCGCUUGCUAUAUGUUUAACUUUUUUGGCAAUGAAUUACUUUUUUGGCAAUGAAUUUUCUUUUUGACACUGUAUUUCAAUAAAAUUGUACUACUUUUAGCCAAUUAGAAUUGAUUACAGAACAAUUUCUCCAUUAGUUAAAUAAUUGUUCUGAACUGCAAUAAUCUCAAAGCUCUCUUACAGCAAGUAAACUUAAUGCAAGUGAACAGAAACGAGAUGCAAGAAUUUUCUUACGCUGACAGAAUGACACAUAUAAUCUUAUAAAAUUCAGGGUGUAUAAAAAAAAGGUAAAAUAAAUCCAGUUUUUGAGUACUCUUGUGUGCUCAAUAUCGAGAAGUGACCAGAUGUUAGGGCUUUUAAAAUUGUAAUUCAUGAAUUUUACAUCCAAAUGGGAUUUAUUUUUUCACCAAAUUCCCAAAGGUGGGAAAAUACGAUUUCCUCCGGCAAUUUUUAUUCGAUUCAUAUUUGGCCAUUUUCUCUUAUAAUGAUACAAAAAAGGUAUCAUUGGACAGCUGAAAGCCUGAAUUUUUUUCUCUGUAAAAACGUUUUCGAUAUUAAACUCAAUAUCGUUAGCACGCCAACAUGCUGAAGUUGCAUGCAUGGGUUACCUUUUUUAUAUACAGCUUUUUCUUUUUCACCUGUACAGCUUUUCUGCUUCUUGCAUUAAUUAGCAAAGUGCCGGAUCUGUAUACUGGGCUACUAUUCUCAAUCUGUAUAAAUUGUUUGCACUUUGUAGCAGCUGCACGUAUACUAUUUAAGAUACAACAUGAGUGCAGGCCGUGUUGUAUCGGAUAUAUACAAACUCGAGCCGCAGACGAAUGUUGUAUAAAUGGCUUGUGAAACGUCUUGAUGAGAACAUUCGUAUUCUUCAACAAUUUACAAUAAAUGAAUGGGGUUUGGUGAGGAGAUUGAACUUAAGUUUAUGUAAAUCAGCAUGAUAUUGUAUCAGAUAUACAAACUCCUUCACGGCCAUAAUAUCUUUUGUGUUUUCUUCACGAAUUAUUGAUGAGUUUCACAAUUAUUUUUCACACCAAUCAGUUUCACAAUGAAUUUUACAACAAGGGCAGCUAAGAACUUAGAAAAUAAGUAAUUUAUAGGAUUUGAAGUUUAUUAACCGUCUCUAAUUGUUGAUGAUCCAAAGUUUAUUUACCUGUCAAGAAUCAUAAACUGUCCACCAUGAAGAAUUCAUCUGCUUUUCACUUUAACGAGUGUGGAUUUAGUGCUCAUAUUCCUUCAAACAAAUAUGUCAUCAAUCAAGUGUUCGCAUGUGUGGUAUAUGUCGUGUUGUUUAUACCUACAGUACUACUAAAUGGUAUUUCGAUACUUACCAUUUUCAAAUGUUCUCAACUGAAAGGGAAAGUUAGCUACUUUACAAUAUUAAAUCUAUCGGCAGUUGACUUAAUCACGGGUUUUAUAACCUUACCUUUACAAACUGCGCACGUACUAGUUAAAGACGUUAUUCAUGUUGAAAAUAAGAUGAUAUGUUGGACAUUCUUGAGGCUUGGCUUGUUCCCACCUAUGCUGUCCGUAGUCACGUUAUGUGUAUUAAGCUUCGAGAGAUACAUGGGCGUUGUACAUCCCUUCGUUCAUCGCACUCAAGUGACAAAAAAACGAAUUGUGACGUUUGAGUUUGCUGCAGGCUUCCUAAUACUAGCUUAUAAUUUCAGUAUGCCUAUACGUAGCCCAGUAUUUGACACGAUUAUUUAUGCCCAUCUGCUCGUUUUAUUCGUAUUUCUCGUAUUUGUUUACACGAGGAUUUUUAUCACAGCCAGAAAUAGUCCUUCAUCUGCUCUCAGACCUAGAGAUGGAACAGCACAACCAGAUAUAUCAGCGAUGAAAAGAAAACGACGGUUUCUAAGAGAAUUGAAAUUAGCAAAAUCUUGUUUUUUGGUUGUAUGUACUUUUGGCGUUUGCUUCCUACCUUCUUGAACGGUUGUUUCGAUAGCGGAAAAUUUUCUAGAUGACGAUGCUCUCGAAAUGCUCUGGAGUUGGACGAUGGCUUUAGCUGUACUGAACUCGAGUCUCAAUUCAAUCAUCUUUUUCUGGUCCAACGCAACGUUGAGGAAAGAAGCGAUUAAAGUUUUAAAACUAUGCUUUUCCUAGAGUUUCGCAACUUUGCUGAAUUGUAAGGCACUUCUGAACAAAACAAGUUCCUCUUUUGCGACUUGAAUCAAUUCGAUUUCUCCAAAGCUAUAAAGAUAAUAAAGCUUUAAAGAACCAUUCAGACGCUCACAGCAACGCAAAGAACAGCGCGAACAUUCAAACAUUUCAUAAACAUUUUGAUGAAGACUUGAAGAACCGAGUCGAAAGCUUGAUGAAAAUCGUUUUUAUUCCUGAGAACUUUAACAAAUCACAGUAUGCCCGAAUAGCAAAUCUUCAAAUAUAUAUGAGUAAAAGUUGUUCUCAAGUUUUAUUAUACUUAGGAAAAACAUCCGAGAAAAUAUUUCUUCAUUGUAUACCAAGCUUACAAACCUAAUAUAUAUAGUACAAUGACAAUCUAGCAGGCAUGCACGUUUCGGCGUCUUACGCCUCAUCAGUGCAAUAUAUCUUCUUGCAAUGUUUUUCACUGCAUAUAAUUGCAUGGGCAUAAAACAGUAUGGCUGUAUGAGUGACGCAUUGGUUGGUAUUGUAUAUCGGGGUGUUAGCCAGAAAAAAAAGUUUUGUCCGUUAAACGUAAAUUGGGAAAGUUUUUUUUGACCGAUCAAAGUCCUUGUACAGGAGUAAAUAGUGUUUUUUUUUUCAACGUGUUUCUCCUUAGAAACAACGGUAGCUUGGUUUUGUACAUUUCAUUUCCGGUGAAUGAACACUGAAAAUGCACCCGAUGGCACUUUGUUUUAUAUAUUUCAUUUCCGGUGAAUGAACACGGAUGUACACCGAUUACACUUUGUUUUGUACAUUUCAUUUCAGUGAAUACACACCCAAUAUGAAUUAAACAUGAUACAUUUUGAGAAAAUAGUUAAUGGGAAAAAGUAAAUAAAACGUUCUUUGAUAUAAUAAUAUAAAAUCAAACGCAAUGCACUUUCUCAUCAGAAAAAAUGAAAAUCUUCCAGUAGACCCAGUUGGGAAAACCCCUUGGCUACUUCAAUUGGGAAGAGUCCGUGAAACGGACAGUAUAUAUAUAUGGGCUAGCUAACAUCCUGUAUAUUAUACUUUCUGUUUUAACAGGUCCAUUUUUAUUGUCCUUGAUGCCAAGCGUAGUGUUUGGUGAAAAGUGAGUAUAACUAUAUAAAUAAUUAUAAUUAGGGUUCCCAGUUUAUAGAAUUUGAAGUAGGAGGUGGCUCUACGGUGAUGAAGGUACCGCCAACCUAGGGGGUCAGAAAUCGUUUUCCCGAGAAGGUUUUGAAAUGUAUAGAACUUAUUUCAGGAAAGUUAAUGUUUUGGAGAUUUUGUCAUAUUAUCCAAAACAUUUAACGAAGAAUAUCAUGUAAUAUUUAUGUUUCAAAAUAGGGUCUUAGCCAGCCAGCCGUCUUUUGGAGGCCAAUUUGAAAAUGACGGCUUUUGAACGGCCAUUAAGUCAUGAAUUUGCUCAUCAGCGAAAGAUUUAUCGUAUGCAUGCAAUUAAGGCAUCCUUUUAGGCCAUGAUUAAUAACAAUUAACACAACCGCAGUCAAGUGGCGACGAUUAGUCAAAUAUUUCGUACUAUAUUGUUCGACUAUUUUUAAAUUACUAUAUUCGAACUUUUGGUCGAUUAUUUGCACUUUUCGUCGAGCAUUUGCAUUAUUUCGAAGCUUCGUUAGUUGUGUUUCAAAGUCAUGAAUAAUACAAACCUUAAAUUAUUGCUCUAAAAGAUUUUGAACUAAUGCCUUGCAAUGGUUCAAACACGCAAGGCCGUGUAUAACCAUUAUCUUUACGUCGACCCCUUAAUUUUUAGUUUUGUUAGUUUUGCAAGUAAAGGCCACUUUCCAUUGGACGAGUGUAAAAAUCCCGUUAUUUGUACAGUACAACCCCGCUUUACCACCGCCACUGAAGUAAGGUUCUACAUGACUUCAUGCAUAUUCCCACGUGACUGCAAUACCUGAACGAAUUAAAGUGUAUAUGACAUGAAAUUUCUUGUUUUCUUAAAUGAAAGAACUCUUUAAGUUGCUUGUGUGAUGUUACUCUGAGUGUUUAUCCACACCGGGCAGGCUUGAAAAAUAUGCCUGGCCACGGUGGGAUUCGAACCUACGACCUUUGGAAUACUAGCCCAUUGCUCUGUUUGUUUUUAUGGUUUGUUCCCGAGAUAUUUCAAUUUGUUUGAUAUGUAAAUGAGUGUGAAUAUGUCCGCUAAUUUAUGACGUCACGUUGGUCACAAGCUCAACUUACAGUGGUUAUAAAUAUAUUAACUCUAAAAACUGUAGAUAUCAGUUCACGUUUUUCUCCAGUGUUUCAUCACAUUUACCAGUGAGUGAAGUUUGAAAUUAUCAUCUUGGAUGAUAGAAGAAGUUGAAGAGCUUGCAACCAACAUGACGUCAUAAAUUAGCGGACAUAUUCACACUCAUUUACAUAUCAAACAAAUUGAAAUAUUUCGGGAACAAACCAUAAAACAAGAAGCUGAAAAAUAAGUUACACUACAGCUUAAAGAGUUCUUUCAUUUAAGAAAAUAAGAAAUUUGAUAUUAUAUAUAUACACUUUAAAGAUUUCCAUGUUUAUGGAUUUCACAGUAGGAAUUUUGCAUAGGUAAACUAUUUUGAAAGAUUUGUAAGAAUGUUUGAGGGAACUAACUGACUAAGUCAGUUUCCUCAAACAUUGCUUACAAAUCCUUCAAUUUAUCUAUGCAAAAUCAUAUGCUACAUGUGAUCACAGAAACUUUAAUAUAGUGUAAACCAGCAAUGAUUUUAGUACAAAACCAAUCGCGUUGUUUCGGAAUGCCUGCUUACAUUUUUCUGGGAAUGUUAUACUGUAUAAGCUUGCUAUUGUCUUUGCCCUUUUUGGAUGGGCAAAAUUGAAAUUGCUGGACUUGGUUCUUAACUAACUUUUGACUUUGUAUAUUAUCAUUUAAAGGUUGGAUACUUUCUUUCCGUUACUAAGAAAUUUCAUUCGAUACAACUCUAGUUAUUUGGACGAAGAUGUCGUUUCUGGUUUAGUAAAGUAAGAUAAAGCUUUCAUUAUUGCAACUUUUAAAAAUCAUGAAGUAGAGAUAUUACGUAACGCACUCUCAAAACCUACGCAGAGUUUAAUGGCACUUUGCUUUGACUGCAUUUAAAACUUUUGUAUUAAUAUAUGUAUGCUUGAUAUACAGGAUGUCACAAAAAAACCAAAACUAUUGAAAUAACGUAUAUUGUUUUAUUUUGAAUGUCUCAGCACUCUGCUGAACCCACACGUGCAUAAAAGCUUGAUAUAAGUAAUUUUAUGCAUAAAGAAACAGUUUAAGAUGCUGCUUUAAGUUCCCAAGAGUAGAAAAUCGUGCGCUUUACGAAGAUAUUUUAAUUUAAUACAAAAGUUAAUGAUUACAUAAAUGAUUACAUUACAUAAAUCAUUUUUAGGCAGACAUGUCAAAUAUCUACAACAACAGAUAAGGAAAAGGAAGUUGAGGUACGAACCUUCGAUUGACCGAACUUUUCUAGCAUAGUCUCUCUCCAGCGCGGUUUUAUUAUAGGCGUGCAGGUAAUUUGUGAAUGCGCGCGCAGCUCCUUUGCUCCAUGGGAUGGCGCACGCGCAAUGUGAUUUUAACUGGCCGACUUUUGGUUGGCCGCGAUUAAAACAAACGAAAUCUUUGCGUGUGCGGUGUCAUUUAAGCCAUUGGUCGGGGUCAUAUUAUUUUGAUAUUCUUCGAUCAAAGAAGAUCAAAUUGUGAUGUUACGGUGGUCAGGCAAACUUUUCAGCUAGCCCGGUGUGGAUGCAUACUCAUAGUACCAUCACAAACAUCAAGAUCAAAUUAGUUUGUGUUUUUAUAAAUAUAGGCGCACGAUUUUAGGACAGUUUGUUACUAACUGCUAGAGCUACCGUUGUUAAAUAUUUUUGUAAAAAAUAUUUUUGUAAAAAAUAAUAUUGUUCGAUUUUUAUCAGCCGAUGUGUUCCGUGUGCGGUGUGUUCCGAUUUUUGUGAUUACAUGGUUUGAUUAUUUUUGCUAAAUUUCGUAUAAUAUUUGCUUCGAUCUAUUAUUCUAUUCAUUAUCACGCAUUUGUCAGGCCUAUAAUUGAUUUUAUUUUUCAGCAAUCGUUAGCAAUCCUCGAUGCUGUGGUACGUUAUAGUUCCUUACCGUCUAGUGCGCUGUAUUCAUUUCUUGUGGCGGUUUGUAAUACUGUGAAUGUUGAGCAGUUCUGUGAACCAAGCUGGAGGGUAUGAUCACUCAUUAUCAUUUAUUCCUCUAACACCAACCGGGUGAUCUGACAGUGAGCAAAAGGACUGGGACUAGCAACAGAACAGAGUAGAAAUUCACUUUUGUACCUUUAGUCACUUGUCACGCCCUAAUUCGUUUGUGAAAGUGUUUGAAACUUUGUGUCUGUGUCUUGCACAGUGAUAUGAAUAUCUGGGACAAAUUUGAGAUAGAAAUGUAAUACCGUUAUGAGAUAUUGAGUAAUUUUAAACCUGGAUUUCUAUUUUACAAAUGGAAAUGGAUUUCUAUUUUACAAUUAGUGCCAGGCUUUUUCCGAGUUCCGAGAUCAACUGGAAAGUGCACGAUGAUGCAGGCCUGCAAAUAAUUUUUUUGCUUGGAAGGACAAAUGUCCGGCCAGGACAAAAAUUGGUCGGACAUUUAUCAACUUUUCUCAGAUAGUAGACAAAGUAAAAUUUUUAAUAUCGAUAUCUUUUUGAAAAUUAGCAAUGUUAGACCACAGGACGUUGACCUCUAACUUGUAAUUUUGUGAUCCACAGAACGGCAGAACUCAAAAGCGCUACAAAUAUUGAGAUAAAAUCAUAUUAUUCCCGUUCAAUAACAUUCCCGCGUCUUUAGUUUGAGUAUUUGCUAAAAUUUUACGGUUGAAUGCGCCCUAAGGAAACGAUAAUUCACAUCGCCCAAACGUGCGAAAACUGCUGAUUCGUCAACUUUAGGGUGAUCUAAUUAAAUAAUUUGUUCGCAAAAAUGCACACGUGACAUAAACAUUAGCUCAAGAUUGAGUGCAGUUUGAGAAGGAAAGCCGUGUAAAAUGGGAUAAAUUCAUCGUAUUUUCAACGUUUUUCCAUGUUCUUUACACUGCCAGCAAUAUUAGGCCUUUCAAUGAAUCAAAACUGGCUAAAUAUCUCUAAUUUGACAAUAGUUAUGGCGGAAAAUGCCAAGGGAAAAACCGCAGCUACAAUUUCAUUGAAUUCAAAUUCGUCGAAUAUUCGAUGCUAUGCUCAUUUACAAAAUGUUGUUGGCGACAUUAUACCUUUCAAAGAAUCAACCCGGUCUACUUACUUACGCUGUGUUGGAAUUUGGAAACAAUCGGUUGGAAAUCAAGCUGAAAUAGCAAGACGUUUAGUCAAAGACCAUAGCAGUGAUUCCUGUCUCGAUAAAAUAGCAAUACCGGAGGACGGUGGGUAUCAUAGAAAGUGUCACAAUUAUUUUACGGAUUCUCCCAAACAAGCACGAGCAGUAAAAAAGAAACAAAAGGAGGACAGGUCCUGUAAAGGUACCUGGUAUUUAGCUAUUUAUAGUACUGUUUAUUAAUAAUGUUGUGUAUGUACAGUAUAUUUUAUAUUAUUUAACAAUUAUUCGCCGAAGGCGAGGUGAUUAUCGGUGAAUAAAAACCGAGACGAAGUCGAGGUUUUUAUUCACGAUAAUCACCGAGCCUGAGGUGAAUAAUUGUUUUAGUAUAAUUUCAUAGGUGAUUAUUUGGAAAAAAUAAGAAAAUACACAUUUCUUCGUCAUUUAAUUGACAAAAAGGCUUCGGCCGCCAUUUUGAAAAUCGCUUAGGUGAUUAUCGCGUAAUAAUCACCUCAACGGCAACCAAUCAGCGUGGAGAAUUUUCAAUAAUCACCUAUGUAAUUAUACUAAAUUAUAUUAUUAUUGUUAUUGUAUUGUAUUUUAUUAUAUAAAGUAUAGUGCUUUAUAGAGAAUUCGAGCACUGAUAAAAGUGAUAAUCUCACAUGUGAGAUUAUUCAUGAUUAUUAUUAUUUUAUUAUUAAAAACAUCUUUAAACACGGUGACUAAUCAACCAGUAUUAAAAUAUUUACAAAUCGAAAGGUUGCUUUUCAUUAGGCCGUGAUGAACACAAACUACAACGCCCCCUCCUUCCCCCAGUGAACCCCUCCCAAAAAGUGUAAAAGAUACAGUUACUAUUUAUUUAACUGACUACCCCUCUCCCCCUCCCCCCCCAGUGAAGCCCUCCCAAAAAGUGUAAAAAAUACAGUUACUACUAAGUUAACUGACACUUUGGUUCCAGACUUUAGCAGCAGCAUAUCUGAAUGUUCUUUUCAAAGAAUUAGUUUUUGGUUUCGCUAGUACAAGCUUGCUAUUGUUGCUUCUUAAGUUGUAUGGUUGUAUCGUUCAGAAUUGGACAUUAUAAACAUGUUCGAAAUGUUUUCAGGGCAUUGGCAUGCAAAACCCUUUACCCCUGAAGAAUUCCAAGUUCAAAACACUUUGCCCCUGAAGAAUUCCAAGCUCAAAACCCUUUACCCCUGAAGAAUUCCAAGCUCUGAAAAAUUUCAAUCUCAAACCUCUUUACCCCUGAAGAAUUCCAAGCUCAAAACCCUUUAUCCCUGAAGAAUUGACCUAUUCCCUAAUGAACAAAAUUUUGAUCGAGACAAGUCUAUAUAGACAAAAAUUUCAUCACAGCUUGAAAGAGCAUCACAAAAAUUAGUAAUAUUCUGAACUUUCGUUGGGAAAUGUUGUAAAAUGUGGAUAAUGUGAUGAAAUUUUUGUCUAGACUUGUCUCGAUCAAAAUUUUGUUCAUUAGGGAAUAGGUCCAUUCCAAACUCAAAACACUUUACCCCUGAAGAAUUCCAAGCUUAGAACCCUUUACCCCUGAAGAAUUCCAAGCUGAAAACACUUUACCCCUGAAGAAUUCCAGGGAUACUCGACAGGGGGGGGUGGGGGUGGGGGGUACGGAUAUUAAAUGCCAAAUUGGUCUAAAUGUAUAGUUUUAAUACACCAUCACAGUUUUUGAUAUAAAAGUCUAUAAGCCUUUCGUCAAAGCAACAGACAUCUUCGAAUGGUCAUUAUACACUGUUGUCCUUUGAUCAUAGUUUACUUUGCUCACAGAACUUUGCUAGUGUAACCCAGUUUCAACUUACUAUAUAUAUAUAUAUAUAUAUAUAUAUAUAUAUAUAUAUAUAUAUAUAUAUAUAUAUAUAUAUAUAUAUAUAUAUAUAUAUAUAUAUAUAUAUAUAUAUAUAUAUAUAUAUAUAUACAUACAAUGCGCCUCACUCUGCCAUACUUUUUUUUUACUUGUCUAAUACCAGAGGAUUUUACUCGUCAAUGGGGAAGUUCUGCAGCUUAAUGGGUUAAACGUGAUAUCUGCCUCCUCCUAAUAUAAAUUUUCAUUGUGUCAUUGCUGUGCUUGGCUUAAAUGGCUGUACUUAUUGCUAUUAUUGUAAUUAAUGUUCUCACAUACCUUAUACAGGUUCUUUGCUAAUUUCUAAACGGAUUGAAACUAAAAAUAUUAAGUCAUAGGGACCCAGUGAUCUAGUGUUCUGUACAUGCACGUACUUGUAUAAAGAUACUUAAUAAAUUGUAAAUCCUUCUUGGCUUGUACAUAUAGCAAUCGAUGAUUGUGAAACAAUAAACUUACAGUGUUGUCAAGCAGCAACACAAUCAGAACCUUAUGCAAGGAAACCUAGGCUUCUUCGUUCGUGUUUUGGAGUGGACCAACAGUUGCCAAAAUCGACCCAUAUCCUUCCCAACAUCUGCAUUAUUUGCAGGAAGCAGAAAUACAAUAGAGAUAGACAUUCGGGUAAGCGAUCUUAUGAACAUCUGGUGCAAUGUGAAUUGAUUGAUGGUGGACAGUUGCUUGAAGCUGCUCGACUCAAGAAAGACCAUGCCAUUCUUUGUCACAUUGAAAAUAGGGAUUGUGUUGCAAUAGAGCUCAAGUAUCAUACAAGUUGCCAUAGGGAAUAUACAAGAUUUCUUUCUAGAGCAGAAUGCACUGAAGAAGAACCAGAAAAACUGUAUUCUUUAUAAUAAAGAAUAAUUUAUUCUUUAUUCUGCAGUAAUAAAUUUACGUGGUGUUUCCACAAACAAAACUAUUAUAUUUUAUCGCCAUGCAAACAUACAAAGAACUUAUGUAUUCUUUAUCUUUUGACAAAUUCUGCAAACUUCUAUAAUAGUUAAUAGAGUAAUCACAGGUCAAAAAAUAUUGCGGCUCACCAAACUUAAGAAAAUAUUUGAUAAAACUGUGAUGCAUGGAUACUAAGGGCAAAGAUUCAUCAUGCUACAAGAUCUAGAACAUUAAGAUGAGAUUAGCAAGUAGAUUCCCACAGUUAUGUUUCCAGCAACCCAGUACGCGACGAAAAAUGCAUAUUUUUUACUAUUUCGAAAAAUUUCAAAAUUUUGUACUGAAUUUUAACACCCAUGAUUUCAACAACAUUAAUAAAUUUGUAAACAAAAUUAAAAAUUAUAAUUUAAGUUUUUAUCUAACAAAAAUCGAAUGAACCAAUAGGUUGGCCACCCAAAAAAUGGCGGAUUAAAGGCCUGUUCGCAUAGAAUGAGAAAGGCUAAUUAAACCAUCAAUACCCAGCUACUGGACGUGGGAACGUUUGAAUUCUUGUUAAGAAUAUGAUGUUCUAUAUAUUUAAAAACAUUUCAUUCUCUGCCAGUUCAGGGAUCACAAAACUCGCUAUUUAGAGCGAUAUAAGCAGGAGGGCCCACAGUCUAUGUGUUUCGGCUGGUUAUGCUAGUCCGCACAGCAAUACAUCUGAAACUGAGUAUAUAUCUACCAGUCAUAUUAAAAUGCAUCAGUAAAUUAUGGUUCAAAUUAUGUUAUACUGUACUAAUGUUGGUUUUUGAAUUUUGACAUGGCCUUUCAUAAAGUUUUAACUCGACCAAUUUAGAAGCUUUCAACAUUGAAAGGGGGGAGGGGGUAGCUGGAAAUUGCUGGUUUUGCAAGCAUGGUUUGGUAAAGUACGAAUUCCUAUUUAAGCACGCGCUUUCCACAUGAGUUUGAGAUUUAACAAUGAAAUGCUUGUGUUGUUACAGCUGAUGAGACAUUUACUUGGAACACAUCUUGGUCAUAAUGGAGUCCUCACUAUGUGUUGUAUCUUGGAAGACAGGUUAGAUAUAAACAAGAGCGGGGGCAUUUUCCCCGAGGUGGAUUGGUUGUAUUGUGGAAGACAUGGAAUUUAAAAAGAAGUGGGAUAUUCAUUUACGCAAAUGAAAAUUUGUGUAAAUGAAAAAUGAGAGUGCUACUCUAUGAUAUCAAUAAAAUGAUUAAUUGAUUGAUUUAAUUGAUGAUUAAUGUAGUGAUUGAUUAGUUGAUUUAUUGAUUAAUUAAUUAAUUAAUAAUUUAUUGAUAAAAUUAAUUUAUUGAUUGAUUAAUUGAUAGUAUGCUUAGUUGAUUGAUUGAUUAAUUAUUUGAUUAAUUACUUGAUUAAUUUAUUUAUUGAUUAAUUAAUUAAUAAUUUAUUGAUUACUGAUCAAUUGAUUGGUUGAUUGAUCAGUUAAUGAUUAAUUGAUUGUUUGACAAGUUUUAGCGCAUAUAUUGAUAUUACAGCAACAACUGGAACAAAUUUUCAUUGCUGAGAGGAGCAAUAUUCUUCGUGGGGAUGUGUUUAUGGGGGUCGAAGAGAGUGACCAGUCUGCUGCAUAAACCUAUUGCUGUCUUACCAUCUUUCUAUAAGGUAUAGCUUAUAAUAAUAUCAGGCCUUAAAAUAUCGUUCAGAGAACCGUCUGACAAACUGUUCGACGACUUUGAGGUCGCAUGCACAUAUUUAUUUUGAUGUUCGACGACUUUGAGUUCAGUUUGGCUUAGAAAUAAGUAUGAAUGCAGACGCAAAUUCAUAUCAGCACAAUUUGGAAAAGCAUUUGAAUCUUGGCAAUGAAUUUCCGAAACCCCACGGUGAAAACCCCGCACUUGAUUACACAUUUCCAGUUCAUAUUUUAUACAUUACUCUGAUGCUCCAUUUAACAUACACGAGCCUCUAGCGCUGGACUAGGGUAGGACGUCGGACAAAGCUACAGUUAGGUCGGACACCAAUACACUCGGGUCGGACAAACAAUAAACCUCAGUUUCACUUAGGUCGGACAGAAUGUCCAGUGAUUUCCUCUCUACGUCGGACUAUUUCACGAAUGGGUUGGACAAUGUCCGUGACCGACCGAUAGUUUAGCCUGAAUAUCAAUCCUGCACGACUGAGUUUUUGUAAAAGAUAUUCUUGGGCAAACACAGGAUCAAUCUACCUGAAAAAUAUAAUGAACUUCGACGUUUUCGAGCGUAGGCCUCCGUUUGGAUUUAGAACCCACUGAUCUAAUGGCCAACAGACAUGAAUUUAUCAACUGAGCGAGGGACCAAUUUCUAGUUUAGGUUUUUAGAGCCUCUCUGACCAGCUAGAUAUUCUUAUUUGUCAACAUAUCUGACAAUCAUCAUAUCUAAGAUCCCACUCUAACUACCAGGUUGGUCUAUGCAUGGACCAAUGGACCAUACUAAGGACUUUUGCCAUAGAGUAUUAACUAUGCAUAGAGCAACGCCAUAGCUCCCUUGACUCUGUGAUUAUGCAUCUUGUCUAACCCAUUGCACUGACGUCACAAAUUCUUAGAGUGUCCUCCAGAUGCUCCCUAACAAUAUCUGUUUGGGUACAACAACCACAUACAGCGCAAAAAUUAACCAUUUUAAUACAAAAUUAUUAUAAAGGUUUACAAAAUAUGCUUUGUUUACAAAAGUUAUGUUAUGCAUAGAUUGCUAAUUAGUCCUCCAGAUGCAUCGUCACCGGCGCUGUGACGUCAUGUGCAAUGGGUCUAUACUAGUUUCAGCCAACCUGAAUGACAUCGCCCGCCAGCACUCCUACCUAUCAAGCUGGAUCCAUAUAUGACCCUAUUUGCCAUGUUCUAGGUGUUGUCAUGUGAUAAUGAAAGUGUGAUUUGUGAAGUGACGUUGUCAAUGCAAAGACUGGUGAAGAAAUACGGCAUGAAACAACAUGAUACUGCUUGGGAAUCCAUUCUCGAUAUUGCUUCAGCGUUACAAGAAUAUGUGGAGGUAAGGCCUAAACUUAAUCUGCGUUGACUAACAAAAAUUGCUUUGUACGAGCAAGUAUUGCUUGGCCUACCCUUGCCUGCCUACCUACCUACCUACCUGCCUUACCUACCUGCCUAACCGCUUGCCAAUCUGCCUGCCUGUCUACAUAUCUACCUAACUACCUACCUAUGCUCCGUUAGAGUCAGCCUUCUGUUUGGUGUAUAUUUGCAGAGACAUCCAUCCUGCACGUCGGUGUCAGAGAACUUCCAUGUCCUGUUGUCGUACAUCGAAGAGCUACAUGAGAAACACGAGUUUUAUGGUUCUGCAGACAAACUGUUUGCUAUUGUAGCCAAAUGUACGAAGAAGAGACCGGUAAGCAUGAACCUUUGGACCUUAUAUACCAUACCAUACUGUAUACCAUACAGGCUGUACAGCACCUUAUGCCAUACUUGAUAUCAUACCUUAUAAUGUACCAUAUACCGUAUACCAUGAUGUGCAUACUAUAUCGUAAACCACACCGUCUACCAUACCACACCAUACCAUAUCGAGUUCACCCUCACUAUCCCCCAGCGCAUUCAGCAGUAUAGUCGUGAAUUUUUAAUAAAAUAAAUAGCAUAAAGAGAUGCAGUUGAAUUUAUCAAACGUGUUUGACUUUGAAUACCAACAAUUUGACCUCCCUCUGUCUUGAUACAUAUUGGGGAUGUUGAUGGAUUAAGACGUAAAUGUUUUUCAUUAAAGGAAUCAUCAGUGAUUUUGUUAGUCUCGCAUCGUGCACAGUCACUUCAUCCUUAUUGCGACAACUGGUUUGAAAAUAUCAAGGAUUUGGUGGACAGAUAUUUUAAGUAUGAUCUGUUAUGAUGGUUUUUGUCGUGAUGUGUUCGUGUGUUGUGUUGUGUUGUGUUGUGUUGUGUUGUGAUGUGUCGUGUCCGUGAGUUGUGUUCGUGAGUCGUGUCUGUGAGUUGUGUUCGUGAGACGAGUUGUGUUCGUGUUCGUAAGUCGUGUUCGCGAGUCGUGUUCGCGAGUUGUGUUCGUGAGUUGUGUUCGUGAGUUGUGUUCGUGAGUCGUGUUCGUGAGUUGUGUUCGUGAGUUGUGUUCGUGUUCGUGUUCGUGAGUUGUGUUCGUAUCGUGUUCCUGUGUUGUUUUGUGUUACUUGUGUUCAAUAACACGAUUUGAAUGCCUUGAUGGUAUUUACAUACAGUGCACAUAGACGCCAAACCUAUUUUUUGUGUGUUUAGAUGUGAAGAAAGAACAGCCAUAAGAAUUAAAGUAUUAGACGUACUUUGCAACAUUCUAGGAACUUUCUCGCCGUUAUAUGAGGUUUGAAGUUUUGGUUUUCCAAGCAGGUAGCUAAUUGCCUGUCCAUUUGUUUUUUUGGUGCUCGACGUCAUAUCUUGUAUAUAUAGCCAAACAGUGUUCGUGUUCUUUAAUUAUGCAUUCUAGUGUUCUUCCAGUUUCUCCAAAAUAACUAAGGGUGCCACACAGUUACAGUGUCCGGGUGUGGAUUUACUUGAUUAUUUGCAGAAAAUGUUCAAUGCUCUCUUGUGGUCCCAGAAAGUAAAAUAUUUUUUCCACCCGUGAUUCGAGAUUUCCAGAACUCAGGUGAUGAGUUUUAGGCGGGUUUACAUAACCCGCAAGCGGAUAAUAGAACUUGCCAGCUCGUUCCCAGGCUCUCCCCUCUUGUUUAUAGAACUUGCUUUAUGUUUCACUCUAGGAAGAGAUCCUUGAGAACUCAGUGUUACCAUAUUUAGACCACAUUGCUAAAGAUCGAGAUAUUGCCGUGCGUAUUAGAGCUGUUCAGCUGCUGGUCGAUGUUAUUGAGGGCUCAGAUUCACAGAAAGUUUGCGACGUUUUGAAUAUUAUUGAGAAG